ACUCCCACGACUUCAACUGCACCAAGAAACACGAGAGACACACUUCAGUUUCAAAGCUUAGCAGCUGAAAAAGCAUGGAUCUCAGAGACAUGGGCUUCGACACCACUGUCCUGGACACCCUCCACGAGCUCCUCGACCUCUCCGACGAGGCCGACGCCAAGUCCCACCACGCCCCGUCCCGCGCUUUCCUGCGCGACAGGAAGGCGAUGGCAGCGACUCCUGCCGACGUGAAGGAGUACCCGAAUUCGUACGUGUUCGUGCUCGACAUGCCGGGGCUGAAGCCGGACCAGAUCAGGGUCCAGGUGGAGGACGGGAACGUGCUGGUGGUGAGCGGCGAGAGGAAGAGGGAGAAAGAGAAGGACCAGAACGACGGGGCGGGAGGGGGGCUGCUGAACUACAUAAAGAUGGAGAGGAGGCUGGGGAAGUUCCUGAAGAAGUUCGUGCUGCCGGAGAACGCGGACACGGAGAAGAUAGCGGCGGCGUACCAGGAUGGAGUGCUGACGGUGACGGUGGAGAAGAGGCCGCCGCCGGAGCCCAAGAAGCCCAAAACCAUCGAGGUCCAGAUCGCUUAAAACUGCCCGUGACUUGUGCGUGUACCAUGUCCAGGGCCUAUAAUAUGGAGAAAGAAUAAGAGGGUCGAAGAAACGAGAAAGAAGUUUCUUCUUUUGUUCUUCUGUCGUGUGUGAGUAGUAGUGUUAAAGUCUGGUUGUGUGGGGGUCUUCCGGAAUGAGUUUGUUGCAUAAGUCUUGUUACUCAACAGGGGGUUGUCGUAUCAAUGGACAUGAAAAAACCGGUGAUAUCGCGGUAUGCAAGAA